UUGAAAUUUGUUUAAGAGGAAUUAGUAAAUAAUUUUUUUAAUAGUAAUAAUUAAAUAUAAUAUUUUAAUUCAUUAAGAUUAACUAUUUAAUUGACCGUCCUAAGUCGUAACCAUAUAUUAUAUGAAAGGAAUCAUAUUUUCAAAUAUUAAAUGGUCAAACUUUCGAAAAUGUAUUAUGGCUUUACAACUGGAAGUUUUGUCCAUGUGUCGCUAAAUGAUUGACAUAUUUGUUGAUGACAUAUCCCCCAAAUGGUCCCCACCACCCGCUUGAGUCGAUCCUCCUUUCUUCUUCUCCAAGUCUUCAACUUUCCAAAUAAUAUCUCUCUAUAAACUUCACAUUCUUAUCCUCUCGUGUGGUGGUAAUAAUAACUAAACUGUGCUUUUGGGAUUUCGAGAAGCAUGAAGAGUUUCUUGCCGUUGACCAUAAAGCAAACCGCUUUACCAGCUCUUGUCCUGUUUCUACUAUUAGCCAUGUCGGAGCUAGCGUCAAGUCAACCCGCACAAGAAGACCCAAAUAAGCCGUACGAUUACAGGCGAACUCUAAUCAUGUAUAUGGUAAUUAUGAUAAUCGCAAUGCCUUUCGUACUUCGCCCUCUACAUCCGCCACUGCAGGGAGGCAGCCGACGGCAGCGUUAACCAUUUGGUACGAGAGAGGAGAAUGACGAACGCCACGGCUGCGCAUGGUCUUGACGCGUCGGUGAUCAAGACGUUCCCAACUUUCAUCUACUCCGAAGUGAAGACACAGAAGAUCGGGAACGGUGCGUUGGAGUGUGCGAUCUGUCUGAACGAGUUUCAGGACGAUGAAACGCUGCGUUUGCUACCUAAAUGCGAUCACGUGUUCCACCCUCACUGUAUCGGAGCAUGGCUCCAGGGUCACGUGACUUGCCCCGUUUGCCGCACGAAUCUCGCUGACCAGCAUCAUAGGACUGAACCAGUCGAACCGGAAGUAAUAACCGAAACGGAUGUCGAGUCGCAGCAACCGGUGAUUCCUGAACCGGCAGUGGAGAGUGUUGCACGUGUCAAAUUACCGAGGUCACACACGACGGGACAUUCGAUGAUAUUGCCUGGAGAAUGUACCGAGCGGUUUACGCUGAGGUUACCGAAUGGUUUAAGAAUGAAGCUAAUGGCGAAUGGGAAAAUCAGGCGGUCUAAUAGUCUUUUGGUUCUACCGAGGAGUGGACCGAGUACUGAUGAACCGGUUGACUGGUCACUGGAUCGAUGGUGUUGGAGAUGGACUUAGCACAUACCCAUUAAAAGCUAAGCCCAAAAUCAGGUCCAGUCCGUUAAGCAAUAAUUGAUGAUUUCGCUAGAAAACAAAAUGUACAUCACUAUAAAUAGAAGACGCCACACUCAUUGAAAGGAUAGUCAGAAACGUAUAGAAAGUACAUAAAAGGAUAGCAUCGCCUCUUCAUCACAGACAAAGUCUUGGACGACCUCGACCACUAGGCGAGCUCGGCCCAGACGACCUCAGACCAUAAAAUAGAAAGAUACUUGUUUAGACGAACUGUUUAGACAACAUCUUUAGUUCUUGUAAUUGAUCGAGCUUGUUUAUUCUUGACUAUUAAUACGAAAAUCUCCACUCCUUUACAUAAU